GGGGCGUUUACAUGGCGGCGCUGCCAAUUUAGCGCCUUUCGUCGCUACAUUUAGCGACUUUUCAAAUCCCAUUUAAAAGCAAGCUUUCUUCACAGUAGCACCUGGGGGCAGAUCUAGCAGCUUUCUGGACAAAGCGGUUAGAAAAAUCCGGAUUCUCAGCAGUGCAGAGCGGCAGCUCGGAGAUGGCUUGGAAGUGACUGCUGGUUAACACAUAGCUUUAACGGGCCGCAUUUCGGUCACUAUUUCGUACCUGUUCCCUUGUCUGACAACAGAAACGGAAAAACAUGUCAAUGAGAAACAGCUUUAUUGGGAAUUCGGCUGGAUUAAAUUACUGUGUGUGAGCACAGGCAGUGGGAGAGAAGCGAACAGAUAAAGGGCGGUCCGGCCAUAUACUAGUUCAGAGAGACUCCCAAGACAUGCAGGAGUGAAGAGCAGGCUACGUGGUAGAGCGACCCUGUACGUGAUUGGCGGGCGGGUUUGUGUGUCUGGGAACCUGCUACUGGUUCUCCAUCUAAACACUCACACACACACACACACACACACACAGCCACAGGCAGACAGACUGUCUCUCCGCAGACGCGGCAGCGGGGAAAAAGCAACUCUCUCCGCGCAGCUCAGGAUCCAGCAACUCUUGUGGAAGUGGAGUCGACGCGAUGUGAAGAAAACGAAAUGCUACCGUUUACUCCGAGAAGACAUCUGACAAUAAGGACGAGGCUGCUGAAAGACGUGGACUGUGACAGCAGCCGGAGAAAUUAGCCCGACGAUUUGUGGUCUACACGUGGGAAGCAUCGCCGAAACACAUCGUGAAGGGCGGAUUUCAACCUCUCCACUUUAACUGUUUUCCCGCUUGUCACUCCCACCUACUUCAGAGAUGAGUGCCAAGUCAGCCAUCAACAAGGAAGUCUUCAUACCCCACGAUGAGAAGAUGCUUGCUGCUGUGCAGGUGAAGCGGAGGACCAAGAAGAAGAUCCCCUUCUUGGCCACUGGUGGUCAGGGAGACUACAUGACCUUCAUCUGCGUUUCAGUGACAAAUAAGAAACCUUCCCACUUAUCCAUCACUAAGGUGAAGCAGUUUCAAGGAUCUUCUGCCUUCAUAAAAAGGUCACAGUGGACAAUUGACCAGCUACGACAGGUCAAUGGCAUUGACCCCAACAAAGACUGUCCAGAGUUUGACCUGAUGUUUGAUAAUGCUUUUGACCAGUGGGUUGCUGGUUCAGCAGGAGAGAAGUGCACCUUUAUCCAGAUUCUUCACCACACCUGCCAGCGCUACACCUCAGCAAGGAAACCAGAGUUCGUCAACUGUCAGUCCAAACUGCUGGGGGGUAACAGUAUACUACACUCGGCUGCAGACAGUGUGACGAGUGCUGUACAGAAGGCCAGCCAGGCUCUGAAUGAGCGCGGUGAGCGAUUAGGUCGGGCUGAGGAGAGGACUGCAGACAUGAUGAACAGUGCUGAACAGUUUGCUGUCACUGCACACAAGCUUGCCAUGAAGCACAAGUGUUAGACCACUGCCAAAACCAACUGGGCUGGGGGAUCACCAAUCGCCAGUUGCUUUACAGAGGAAGGAUUCCAGAUUUUAUUCUUUUUAAAAAUUUUAAUAUUAUUACUGUUUGUUAACAAUGUUCCAUUUAAUGUUUUGGGUUAAUGUACUCUUGUGCAUCUUCUGGUGGUGACGCAUCGAGCAGAGGGGAGGAAGAGAGGUAAACAGUGCUACUUCAGAGUGUCAGCUGAAUGUUUCAUGCUUCUGUUUGCCAAAAAAAAGCUACAAACCACAGUCUUGACUGUAUUUGAUAACCGCAGUCACUCAAAACCCUUCCCCUUUAAGUGUGCUCAGACAUUAAUGUGAGACAAGGAACAGCUUGUCUCGCAAAUUAUUUGUUAAGGGAUAUUUAUGAGCACUGCAGUGAUUAUGCAGUCUGAUUUUCUGAAUGUCAUGGACCCUCUCAUGGGUAUCACAGGUGUGACUUAAAAAUUGGGUUGGCUCUAUUCCACACAAAUAUAUAACACAUACAUGAAGAUGAGGACAACCCAGAUUUUCUUUACUGAUGUUUAGAUUGUAGCCAGAUAAAUAUUUUGGCAGCACAUUUAGGAGAGAAGCAUGUCUGUGGAGAAAACAACAUUAACUACACCCGAAUGUCAAUAAAGCCAAAAGUAUUCAUUUUCAAGUUUCCUUCUCUCAUUUGACUCUUGGUAAUUACAAUCUAUUGGUCUGUUGUUCUCUCCAUGGUUUCAAAUUGUAUCAAAACAGUAUUGGUCAAAAUUUUUUAAGAUAUUAUUUCACAAACUGCAGGUGAGAUUGAAUAUAGUGCUUUUGGUGACGUAACACAUAUCAACAGUGAAAUAUUUAGGCCUCUGUUAGACUUGUCUGCCAUUCAAAAACAACCAAAACACCAUGGAAUACAUAGUACAACAUUUUUGGAAGUGUACUUGAAGAACUUGUCAUUAAUAAGCUUUUUCAUUACAAUAAUUUAUGUUAAAGGGGGAAUUCAGUAAACCAGCUUCUGCAUUGUAAAAAGCAAAACGUAAUUCUCCUAGUAAUAUUAUCUCAAUGUCUGUAUCGCUAAUAUGUCCCAUGUACGUGGGAUGUUUUGAAAUUACUCCUGGCUGUAUUUCAACUUUAAACAUUCAGUAGUGAUCCCUUGUGCUUUUUGCAUAAUUUUGGUUGUCAUAAUAAUCAUAAUAAUAAUGUGUGUACUUAUAUAUAAAGGACAAAAUGUCUCAAACAGAAGCAGCAGUGUGUAACAGUUAGUUUUUUGUGUCAGUGCUCACACUGCCUGUACCUUUUGGCUUCCUCACUGGCAAGAUUCCACCCUCACAAUCAAGAUGUAUUUGAUUCUUUUUAUAUUUUGAAUUUUAUAAUUCAUGAUGUUACAAUGCACUGACAACCUUAUCUUGCAGAGCACUGUUGAGUUCAUAAUGAAACGUUCCAGUUGCCUAAUUCUUAGUGUGCUUUUAUUCCUCUCUCUAACACUUUGGAUGUUUUAUUGUUUUAAUAAAAAAUAUAUAAAAAAUUAA